CGCAAAACGGUGGCCUAGAGUGACUACGAAGAAAAUGCAGUAACAGAUAAGAUUACAAAGUGGGGGAGGGACAAGAGCAGAGAUAAAAGAGACUGAGCUUUUCUCCAGGGCGUGGCAAUGGCAACGGCUACAGCAGCAUCUACUCUCUCAUGGCUUCACAGCUUUGGAGGAACCCAAAAAGAGAAAACAAAAGAUUCAGACAGAAACAGGGUCUUCGUGGUUUUUGCUCAAAAGAAAGCUAAAAGGACUCGAAAGAUAAUAUUGAAGGAGGAUGUGGAAUACCUAGGAAAGAAAGGGGAGCUUUUGGAUGUGAAAGCUGGGUAUUUCAGGAAUUAUCUUUUGCCUAUGGGAAAGGCCCAGAUUAUCACUCCUGUUUUGCUUAAGGAAAUGAAAAUGGAGGAGGCACGAAUUGAAGCAGAGAAGCAACGGGUAAAAGAAGAGGCACAACAACUUGCUCUAAUAUUUGAAACUGUUGGAGCUUUCAAGGUGAAGCGGAAAGGUGGUAAAGGAAAGCAAAUUUUUGGAAGUGUCACUUCUCAAGAUCUUGUAGACAUUAUCAAGGCACAGCUUCAAAGGGAUGUGGACAAACGAAUUGUUUCUCUUCCAGAGAUCAGGGAAACAGGAGAAUAUGUCGCAGAGCUGAAGCUCCACCCUGAAGUUACAGCUCAAGUGAGACUAAAUGUUUAUGCUAACUAAGGACAAGUCCCUUCUGUGCAUCUCCUCUUUGGAUGGGCAACUUCUUUGCCACUCGCAUCAGUCUAAGGCAUGAGGUACACGAUCAAGGCAAGUUCAAAUGUUGCCCGUUGGAGAGUGACAAGUGUGUAAUUUUUGUGUGUACAUGUAUUAGCUGUAUUAAUCAUAGCAGAGCAGUUUUUAUAUUUCUUUUUUCCAGGUUUUUUAUUAUUCUCUUGUAGAAUGUAUUGAUCUUUUGAAAAUUAUUCAUAUAUUGCCUUGUUUCAUCUGGAAAACAGCUUCUCUCUGUGGUUCUCUUGGGUUGCACAUGCCAAACUUUCUCUGAUCUUUAUUGAUGCUUUUUGUAUGCUUAUGCCAAUAUAUCGGAGCUUGAACCCUUGGGCUUGGCUGACGUGGUGAGGGUGGGGUGUGAAAACAGAGGGGGCAGUUAUGAUCAAUCCUGCAAAGCCAUUCACCCCUAUUGACAGAACAGUCAUAACUUUACACCUUUGCUUAAAUUUUCUCAUGCAAAUGUCUCCUAAUUUAGAGUUGCAAGCAGGAUGGAAUAGCCAAACCAAGAAUACGACUAUUUCAUCUAAGUCCAUGUCCGUUUCUUCCGUACUAAAUAUAUCAGACAAUAGCUAGUCUGAAAUUGGAGGUGAAGAGAAGAAUUUCUUUGGUUGCGUAACUAAUAGGACAGUGAACAUGCGUGAACUGGUGUUAUUGGACUGGGUCCAACUAUCAGAGCCAAAAUCCUUUAUGGCUCAAAAAAGGGUAAAAGGAUUUGUUGCUGCCCAGGAUCGAACUGGGGACCUUCAGUGUGUAAGACUGAUGUGAUGACCACUACACCACAGCAACAUAUGCCUGGGAGUUUCUGUUUCAAUCUAUAUACUGUGAUACGAGAUGGUCAAA